AGAUCAGGACAAAUCCACAACAAUUAAAUCCAGCUAACUAAGUUAGCGACGUACGAAGAACGGACCCCUGAUCAUUAUAUAGACAAACAUUCCAUAAAUACUUUUAAUUUGAAAGUAAAGCAAAACAAAUAUGACCCGGAUAUGCUAGUGAUAUACCACGUGAUUGAAUAUGACCGUGUCUCGCGUGAGUUUGUUUCCAGUGAUUUCUUGUGUGAGUCGGCUUGCUCUGCGCUGUGGUCUUAAGCUACGCCGUGUUGCAGAACGCGUUCACUAUGGACGAGGUUUAAAGUGAAACGAUGCCUGCCCGUUGCGCGCUCUUUAUGCGCAUGGUAAAACGUUACAUCCCUGACCAGACAAUGUGCGUGCUGUUUUCACGGGUAUUUUGCACAGCCGGCUUCUCUCGUGGCAUAUGUAACAUAAACACCCGGUUAGACAGAGUUAUGGAGACACGGCGGUUCCUAAAACAUUUGCCCCAGCAUCAGUUAACUAAUCAAACACGGGAUGCAGGAACACGUGUAAAGAGGAUCUCUAUUGAGGGCAACAUAGCUGUUGGAAAGUCCACUUUUGCAAGGUUGCUGAGCAAUGCAGGGCGAAACUGGCAUGUGACACCUGAACCUGUUAGCAGAUGGCAAAACCUUGAAGAGACAUCUUUACAAAUAGGACAGCCAGAGUCAUCUCCCCAGCAAACAGUCAGCAACCUGCUGCAAAUGAUGUAUCAAGAUCCAAAACGCUGGUCCUACACCUUUCAGACAUUUUCCUGUAUGAGCCGUUUGCACAUGCAGCUGCAGCCACUUCCUACAUGUUUACUGCAAGCAGGAGGUACUCGUGUACAGGUGUUUGAACGAUCCAUCUACAGUGACAGGUAUAUUUUUGCUCAAAACAUGUUUGAGCUAGGCAAUAUAAACUCCACAGAGUGGGCAGUAUAUCAGGACUGGCAUUCCUUUCUUGUUGAGGAGUUUGGCUCUAAGGUACAACUAGAGGGGAUCAUAUACCUUAGGGCAUCUCCACAGACUUGCAUGGAGCGUCUCGGCCGCCGAGGUAGAGAAGAGGAGCAAGGAAUACAGCUGGACUACCUUGAGACGCUACACAAGCAGCAUGACAACUGGCUUAUAAACAAAUCUACAAGGGUUCACUUUGAUCACCUGAAAAAUAUUCCAGUUCUGGUGCUGGAUGGUAGUCUUGAGUUUGAGAGUGAUUUUGAGAUGCAGACCAAGUUUAUAACUGAGGUGCUGAUAUAAAUUUGUCGUGUUGCCAUGUGAUGUAGCGACUUCAGUUUUGCCAAUUUCGCACAGUACCUCUUUCUGCUCAGUGUCGGAUAUCCUGAAACCAAAAUAUCGCCAAAUAACAGAGGUUGCAUUUUUUUUCUCGGCACAAGUUCAGAGUCGGUCUCUUCUGUAUCCAUUUUCUCCCGUCUCGACACUGCGCUGCGGAAAGUCAUGGACCAGCAGCGCGCGCGCGCUACACGAGACUGAUUAUUUUUUAUUUUUGACAUAAGAAAUGGCCAUGCAGUUCUUAGAAUGAAUGUCUUGUUACGUCCGCGAAUGCAUUUGUUAAUUUAAUAUAAUCGCAACAUUUUCUGUAAUGUAAUUUCUUAGGCUGACAUCGCGAUUACGAUAUGAUUAAUCGUGCAGCACUAGUUCAAACCUAUGUCACAUAGACAGUUCAACUGGCCAUGAAAAAGGCCAGUGUGGCUGGACCCCAGGGUGUGGCACAGUGUCUCGACAGCGUCCCCUGGAACUUUGUUGCAUAUAUACUGUAUGCAUUAAACCCAGUAAAGAUUUAGAUGUCUUUGAGCUGAUCAAAGUUCAUCUAGUUGUUGUAACAAGUCUGUUAUUUUGUGUUGUUUGAAAAACCCACUAAUUGAAUUUUGUCAUUGUGGUUGUCAUAUAAAUGCCCUGCGUCUACUUACAUUUACAUUUAGGCAUUUGGCAGACGCUCUUAUCCAGAGCGACUUACAUUUUUAUCUCAUUACACAUCUGAGUAGUUGAGGGUUAAGGGCCUUGCUCAAGGGCCCAACAGUGGCAACUUGGUGGUUGUGGGGUUUGAACCUGGGAUCUUCCGAACCGUAGUCCAAUGCCUUAACCCCUGAGCUACCCCUUGUCCCUGUCUUUGUGCGUCCGUUCCUCUGUCUGUGUGCUGCAUGCAUGCGUCCGUCCGUCCGUCCGUCUGUCUGUCUGUCUGU